UCAAGACCCCGAUGUCUUGCUGUAAAACUGUCUCGUGUAGUGGUUAAAAACAUCAGCCUUUUCUGGGAUUUCUGGGUGUGGGGUAACUAGCACAAAGAAUCCAGAUAGUUUUCCCUAGAAUGUAAGGUGAAUCGCUAGUCUCGGGGUAGACGGCACCAUGCACUGAGCAUGAGUGAAAGAAAAUUAUUUUGCUUAAACUGCCUGAAAGAAGGUUGCUAGCUCUCGUCUUUAAGCACCUAUUAAGUCAUCCAGUGUUAGUCAGUGUAAUUACGGAGGCUGCAGAAGUAAUUCCAGAUAGCAGUGUUGAAAUGUACAAUUUGGGCUUGAAAACAAAACUAUUUAAAAUAGAUCUUCCUGCAAGUUAAGGGAACCCCGGUGUGACUGUCAGUCACCGCAAUCAGACACUGCUCUGCACUCAGGGCUUUUUUGGCCUCUCCUGCUUGCUUUCUCAUACCACGUUGGCAAGCUGCAACAAGUGAAAACUCCACCCUUCCUACAGACUGGGGAGAAUAAGAUUCAUAAACGGCAACAGCUGGCGAGUAAAAUCGGGGUUUCUCUGAAGGUGCUGGUUUUUCAGACAAUCACUGUGUGCAGCUGAGAAAGGGGCGGGAUCCUUUUCAAGUAGAGCCUUGCCUGACACCAUGAGUUCGGAAGCCGAUGAACCCAAGGAAGUGGCCACAGAUGUCUUCAACUCCAAAAGUCUGGCCAUUCAGGCCCAGAAGAAGAUCCUUGGAAAAAUGGUGUCCAAAUCAAUAGCGACUACUUUGAUCGAUGAUACAAGCAGUGAUGUUUUAGAUGAGCUUUACAGAGUAACAAAGGAAUAUACGCAAAAUAAAAAAGAAGCAGAGAAGAUCAUCAAAAACCUCAUUAAAAUAGUCCUCAAAUUGGCAAUUCUCUACAGGAACAACCAGUUCAAUCAGGAUGAAAUAGCACUGAUGGAGAAAUUCAAGAAGAAGGUCCAUCAGCUGGCUAAGACCGUGGUCAGUUUCCAUCAGGUGGAUUAUACCUUUGACAGGAACUUUUUGUCCAAACUCUUGAAUGAAUGUAGAGAGCUGCUGCAUGAAAUCAUUCAGCGUCACCUAACUGCGAAGUCACACGGACGUGUCAACAAUGUGUUUGAUCACUUCUCUGAUUGUGAAUUUUUGGCUGCCUUGUACAAUCCCUUUGGACCUUAUAAAAUCCAUUUGCAGAAACUUUGUGAUGGGGUCAACAAAAUGCUAGAUGAGGGGAACAUAUAGUACUUGUAUUAGAGGUGACUGCCUAUGAGUUAUUUGUAGAUGGAACACUGUUGAUUUAUGAAGGAAUAAGGGAGCAUGCAAAGAGGUUUUUUUACAUUAUGACAAAUCUUUCCUAAAUAUCUUUAUUAAUUGAUUUCUUACUGUGCGCUAUCUGUUGCUAUUCACAGUCCAUCUGGAAGAAAAACUGCACAUGACUUUUCUUACUGUGCUUUGCCUAUGGAAACAGCUUGAUAAAGACAAUCAAACAGAAUGGUUCAAGUAGAGUAAGAAUCUUGUGAGAUAAAUAUACAAACCAAAACAAUAUGCUGUCAGACAAUCUGCAGCUUUCAUAGAUUUACAGAAUUAAUUCUAAACUAUCAGAAUCCACUAGUGUUGGUAACAGACUGUCAUGGUGAUGGUACACUCUGUAAUUUCUUUAAUUUACUUGUAAAAUAGACAUAUUUGAUUCAGUUAUAGUCUUUUAUGCUCUCUGCACAGAUAACAGCUUCCUAGUGUUGCCAUUAUGAAGCAUUGAGUUUUAAAUAAAAUCAGUGAUGCUGUCACAUAGAGUCUUAACAGCAGGCUUGUGCAUCUCCAGCUCAGAGGUGAAAACUUCCUGUCUGCAAGGCAGGAUCUCCCCCAAGUAGACAUCCUUAUAGACCUGCACAGGUGCUUGCUUCCUUUGACUACAUGGGGAUUAUUUGAGGAAUAAGCUACAGGAAAAGAGCUGAACUGGGAAAGAGCAUUCCCAAGAAACUGCUUGUGGUACAGAAUUUAAACUCUGCCUACGAUAAGAUAAAACACAGUGACUUCUCUGUGCAAUUCCUUAAGAUUUUUAGAAUUCUGCUAGUAGAAUCAUAGAAUCAAUCAUUUGGGUUGGAGGGGUCACAAUUCUUUUAGAAAAGAUGUGAGUCAGUAUAUCUGAUAUACUAGUCUGAUGUGUAUGAUCAUGUGAAUUCACCAAAGUUGAUAAAUAAAUUGCAAGCCAAUUUGCUUUGUGUACAAUGAAAGUAGAAACAGAAAUUAAUGUUAUCAUUAUGUUAUAUACUAUUUAACUAAUGGCAAAAUGGAAUUUUAAAUAAAUUUUUUUUCUUCUUUUCUUACUUCCUACUUUUUAUCCUUUUUCUUCCUCACCUUCUCUCUGCCUUGACAUUGGGGAUAAAAAAUGUGACUUUCUAGACACUGUAAUGUACUUAAAAGCAUGAAGUUAAUACAUUUCAAACAGCCAAAGACUUUUUGUUAGGAAGCAUAUAAAGAAUUUGCUGUUUAUUUAAUUGCCAGUGUUUUUGCUGUUUGCUGUGUUCUUUUGUUUUAAUGAGUAAACCAAAGAAUAUUUGCACUCCAAACU